CAUAAAUGAAACCGCAUUUGCUUGUGACGUACACUCCACUACCAUUACCUGUUGACCAUAAAUAGGGUUCCUCUGUCUACGGAACCAUCUCUCCGAUUCUGAUCUCAAACUAAGAUGGCGGUGAUUGUUUAUAUAGACACCAUAUUGGUCCCUAUUAGUCUCUUCCUUACGGUGGGUUACCAUGCUUAUCUCUGGCAUAGCCUCAAGAACAAACCCUCUCAUACUACCAUUGGAAUCAACAUAUUGAAGAGGAGAGCAUGGUUUCUAGAUAUCAAAGGGGGUGAUGAAGAUAAGAUGGGUAUGUUGGCUGUCCAAAGCUUGAGAAACACUCUAAUGGGAGCCACACUCACAGCUGUUAUAACAAUUCUUGUUGUAGUUUCAUUAGCUGCUCUAAUCAACAACGCCUAUAGUGCAACACAUAUCUUCAGCAGUGUGAUAUUCGGGUCACAAUCCCCUAGGAUAUUUGCUCUGAAGUAUGGCUCAGCAGCACUGGCAUUGUCAAUUAGCUUCCUCUGCAGUUCUAUGGCAAUUGCAUUCUUGAUUGAUGCCAAUUUCCUGAUUAAUGCCUCCGGUGAUCACGAGUUCUCGUCCUCGUCUUCAGAACACACACAAAGCAUAUUUGAGAAAGGGUUUGUUUUGGCUCUUAUUAGCAACAGAAUGUUGUGCAUCACUUUUCCGGUGCUGUUAUGGAUGCUUGGGCCGAUACCGGCUUGUUUGUCGUCGAUGGCAUUGGUUUGGGGGCUGUAUGGGCUUGAUUUUGCUGGAAAGUUAGCAAAAAGCAAUAAGCAAAGUAUCAGUUGAGGACAAUAAGGCCAGCAAGUCGUUUGUCAAUAGCAAAUAAUGAAAUAAUUGAGCAACAACAGUCAACUAGCUAGACAAUAACUUAGGUGUGUUCAGUUGCAUCCGUUUUGUGAGAUGGACAAAUAGUUGUUCAAAGAAUUGGGCUACCCUGCCCUCCUUAGUUUUUCUAGCCUGGCCGUGCAGGGAGUUGCUCUGCUUUGUAGUUUUUCUUUCCUCUGUUGUUCCGUUUCGUUUAAUACAUUCCUUUCGCCAAAAAACAAAAAAAAAAACCUCAAUUAGAACACCAUCCCCCUCCUCUCCCCAACAUUUU